AUGUCUACUAACACCAAAACUGAUAAAGAAUCACGUGAUUGGUCAACUGAAAUUUAUCGGUUUGAAGAUCGCGUUUCUAAAAUGGUUCGCGAUUUCUUAAGUGACCACGGUUUCAUUGGUAGCGGCGACAAUGGAAAUAUCAUGUCUUCUAGCGCUGGCCGUGGAGGAACUGUUGACCCUCGCAUUAACUCUUUCGUUCCCCGUAUGGAUAUCUAUGAAGGUGAAAGGGAAUAUAUUUUGAAGGCUGAUUUACCGGGUGUCGACAAGUCAGUUAUUCGUAUCGAGGUUACCGAUAACAAUCUUCGCAUUUCUGGUGAACACAAAUCAGAUGAAGAAGGAACUCCUUUACUUCGCGAACGAAUCCGUGGGAAUUUUUAUCGUAAUGUCAACCUUCCCUCUAAUGCGAAGUUGGAUGAUAUCUCGGCGUGCCAUGAGAAUGGUGUGCUUAAGGUUAAAAUCGGGAAAUCUGAUGACAAGAAGCCAAAAUCGAUUGAGAUCUCUUGA